AUGGCAGUUGGCCUUGCUUGUCAAUCAUACAUGAGCAUGCAGCAGUGUUCAAAGCCCUAUCAAGGAGUUAUUAAGAGGUUUCGAGUACGUAACCGUCUCUUAGGGGAACUGGUCAAAAAAGUAUUCGUCUGUCGCAGUCGUCAGGGGAAUAUAUCACAAGGCAUGGGUGACAUACUCCCUUGUUCUUCUGACCCUGCUCACUACUUCUGCGACAAAACAAGGGCAUCAAGAUUUUCUCUCCCUGAACAGCAUUUCGUCUCCUUGCGUGGCUGGUGCAUACCAGAGGAAUGUAUCGCAGAGCUUAAUAAGGCAUCAUCUGCAUGGGUGUAUGGCCUUGCCAACAUAAUAGGACAGUACACACUGAGCAUAUCUCUCAAUGACGGUGUUGGUGCUAACACCCUGAUGAAUCGGGUGCCUCCCAGCUCUUUUCCGGAUACCAACCCCUUUGUUCUCCGGGGUUGUAGACGUGUGCUACUAAGCCCAAAUCAGUACAAGCAUAGUAUUUCCAACCAGGAAAACAAAGUGAUGUCAAUGCAGUACGACGGAGUAACCAGUGGUUGUUUCACUGGAAUCCUCACCCUCCGGUUUUUCGACAGUCUGUAUGCCCAGUGA